AAUAGCAAUUAAUACAUUUGUUUAAAAAUUAAUUAAUUAAUCUAUAAAUAAAUAGACAAAGUUACAAAAAAAAUCAUUAUGUAACAUUUUAUUAGGCAAUAAAAAGUGAGAUUAUAAAAAUAAUGUAGAAAUGAAAUAUUAAUACAUUAAUAAAUAGUUCAAAUUAAUAUAACAAUUUACAAAAACAACAUAAAACACUCAAUAAGUUCAUCAUUUUAAAUUGCAUUUACAAAUUCUUAAUUAAAUAAUGGAAUUUCAAAAUGUAUUUCAAAAAGCGAUUUAAAAAGAGAAAUAAAUAACUGGAUUUAUAAAUUGAACUACAAAUACAGGUUUAAAUUAGGCAUUUAAAAGGGCAUUUCCGUUUAACAUUUCUGUUUUCAUUUUCCCGAUGGUUCUCCUUAUUCUUUUCGCUACUCGAUUUGCUUUUCGUUUUAGUCUCUCUAUUUAGCUUUUCCGUGACUCUUUGGGUCCUUGCAAAUGGUCAAAUGAGAAAUGCAAAUUAGCUAUGACCAGGUGGAUGUAACAAGCUCGCUGAUUGGUUAGAGGAAUUGGCUAGCGUAGUCCUUGAAUUCUGGCGCCAGAAAGAUCGAUGUAAGUUAGUCGUGUUACGUUAAUCGAUCUCUCUCAAAAUGUCUAACGUUAACACCGAAAUAUCAAAAAUUUUAAGAGACAUUGCUAGUGAAAUGGAGCGCCGAUCCACAGACGGUGUUGCACAAGGAUCAUCAACUUCAACACCCACCUUGUCAAGACACCCUGUUGAUGCUGAAGUUUGCAGAAUUUUUGCACCAUAUGCUGGCAGGACUUCAGGUAGCCACUGUACAACUGCAAAACGUCGAUCAAGCUACACAAGAUCCUACUUUUGUUUGGACAGCAUUGAUCAAAUCAUGGUACCAACAAAAGUAGAAAAAGAAAAACUAUAUGCAGCUGGCCUUGGGGAGAAAAAACUUACUUUUUUUGGUGAUGAAAACAGUGCAGAGGAAUUCAAAUGUCACAUUUUGACAGCUUACCCAAAACUGAAUAGCUGUGGUGGCUUUGAGCUUUUAAGAUUGUCUGGUAUGACCAGGAGCAAAAAACUUUCUGUGAUGCCUUGCCCGAACACAGGGUAUACCAUCAAAUCUAUCAAGGACCACAACAAGAGUGCCAUAAUCUAUAUACGUCCAAUGCAAAAGGACAUUGAUACAACUCCUGUGGAACCAGAGUCAGUUGUGUCUGGGCCCAAGGAAAGAUGUCUGAUUUGUGAAGAAGAUAUUUUUUUCUGUGAACUCAAAGAUCAUGUCAAAAGCUGCAGGUCUGCAAGUGAGAUCAGUAAAGCAUCAACAAGCAAUUAUCCUUCAGAUGGUCAGGAAUUUCCCAACACUACUGAUCGAGCUGAAGUGGACAUAGAUCAAUCAUCCACAGAUUCUGAAAUAGUACAGUUUAUUGAUUUAACAGAAGGCGAGCCAAUGCAGGAGUCCUUAGAUGAAUGGCGAUCCUUACGUUGUCAGCAGGAUCAAGAGUACCAGGAGUCUUUGCUUGCAGAUCAAGAAAAGCAUAAUAUGCAGAAGCAUUCUUUGGAAAAUGAAGAAAGACGUAGAAAGGCUAUACAUGAGAGACAGUUGAGAAUGGCUGAUGUUCCUGAGCCAGCUGAUGGUGUUCCACUCAGAUUUAAGUACCCCAGUGGCAUUACAAGAACAAGAAAAUUUGUUCUGUCUGAAUCCAUUCAGAUAUUAUUUGAUUUUGUCGGAGAAGAUGAUGAUGCUACAGAGUAUUUUCACAUUCAAGAUGCUCUGUCAGUAACAACUCUUAAAAGCAACAUGACUGGAACACUUUUGGGGAACAAUAUCAAUGGUUCAAGAACACUUUACAUCCACUGGAUUCAAAUUGAUGAUUUGGAGUUUGUCCCAGCACUUGAUUCCAACAAUCAAGCUGAAUCUCCCAGUGUCAGCAACCAGUUCUUUCCAAUGCCAGCAACUUCUUUUUCUUUGCCAUCAUCACCUACUUUUUUACCAGAGACGGACAGCUCAUUCUUUCAUGAAGGGACUGACCUUAAAACCAUCUUGAACAGACUUGGGGAAAAGAUUGAUCACACUUCGUGCCCGGCCAGCAAUCACAUAAACAUAUGCAGGGACUACACUGGCAACGUCCAUAACAUACUAAAGAGUACAGUUCAGGCCUUUAAGCGGCGAAAGUUUAAUCCUGAGGCCAGAUUGGAUGUCAUUUUUGUUGACAGUGAACAAAUAUCCGAAGGUUCAGUAGAUGGUGGUGGACCCACUCGGGAGUAUUUAAGAUUGCUUAUGAAAGCCAUUCAUCAGUCCAGCAUAUUUGAAGGACCAGAGACAGAUAAGACGCUGGCUCUCGAUAGUCAAGCCUUAGAAGGAAAACUAUACACACAGAUAGCACGGAUGAUAUCUGUGUGUGCAAUACAUGGAGGUGUGGCACCAAAUUUCUUCUCGGAGAGGUUGUUUAAUCAGGUGUGUGAUAAACCCACUGCCCGUGCAACAUUGGAUGAAGUGAGUGAUGUCACAUUCAAAGAAAAACUACUAAAAAUUAAAGAAGCAAGAACUGUUGAAGAUGCAAAAGCUGCAAUAGAGGAGGCAGAGGACAGCCUGGCUAUUGUUGGGUCUUGCAGAAUCAUCACAACACUGAAGCAGAGGGAUGCCCUUGUGCAAUCUGCUGUCAAUUUCUUUGUUGAGGGCAGAUUAAAUGUUGCAUUGCAACAGUUUGUGGAGGGCUUCACCACACUUGGACUCCUCAAAGAGAUGAGAGCACACCCAGAUCUGUUCCAUAGCAUGUUUGUGAAGGAUGUGAGGCCUUUGAAGGCUAGCGACCUCUCAACACUUUUCCAAGUCAGCUUUUCAGCAUCAGGGACACACAAAAGAGAGCUAGAAAACCAGACCGUAUGCUACUGGCGAGACUGGCUAAUUGAUGUUGAAGAAGGAGAAUGUGCGCCACUAACUUUGGAGAAUGUGCUCGAGUUCGCAUCUGGGGCUUCCACGAUACCUCCCUGCGUUUUUUUCCCUCAGCCCACAAUUGAAGUCUUUCCAGAAGAACUUGGCAAAAUAUUUCCUGAAGCAAAUACGUGUGUCCUUGUUCUAAAAUUACCGGUUCACAAAGACUAUGAUUCUUUUAAAGCACAAAUGUGCAAUGCUGUGCUUUGGGCACCAACAUUUGGAUUAGUUUAAAAAUGUACCAGGUUCAUUGUGCACUUUAUUUAUAGCUCAUUUUAGAAGUUUUAUAGUGCACUAUUCAACAUGUUAAAAUUAAGCUUUUAAAUCAGAACUGAGUUUUGUUGAAUUUAAGCUUUUAAAUAAGUUUUGAGACAAAAACAUGUUGUUAGGGUCCUAGCACCUCAGUGCUCGGGCCCUAUUGUUUUAUUGUUAUUACAACAGACCACUCUUAUAAACAGUGGUUCUCUGAUAGCAAAGAUAAUCAAUUUAAUGUUAAAGGGAUAGUUCACCCAAAAAUGAAAAUUGUGUCACUUACUCGCCUUCAAAUAUGUAUACAUUUCUUUGUUCUGAUAAACAGGAAGGAAGAUAUUUUGUGAAAUGUUUGUAACCAAACCAUUUGUGAACCCCAUUCACUUCAAUAGUAGAAAAAAGGUUCCACAAACAUUUCUCAAAAUAUCUUCCCUUGUGUUCAUCAGAACAAAAAUGUGUACAGCUUUGUAACAACAUGAGGGUGAGUAAAUAACACAAUUUUCAUUUUUGGGCAAACUAUCCCUUAAACAUUAAAUUAAUUGUCUUUGCUAUUUGAUACAUCAGUUAUAUAUACAGUCAAUGUUCAUCCGUUCUUUAAUGAUCCAGCAUUUCUCGAAGAAUCCGUACAGUCUCAAUGUACACUGGUAGCAUCUCUGCCAAUGGUACAGUUGGAUUUGGCAGUGUGGAAAGUUCUACCACAGACAGGGCUCUGGGAAGGUGUAGCUCAGGAAUUUGAACUGAAGGUCGUUGUGGGCCUCUCCACCAUCUGUUGUCAUCAUCUGUCUGUAAUUUAUUUUUGUUUAUCAGGUGUAACAGUCAGAUACAUUAUAUGCAAGACUGGUUCCAUAUUGAUUAAAUACCUGAGAAAUG